AUGCAGCAAGACUUUGUACAACCGAGCUAUUCACAGGGGUCUUAUUCAACACGUCGUAAAUCAAGGAUAGCGUAUCAGCAGCAACCGUUGGCAAGUUUGGACAAUCAUAGCUUAAAUAUAAUGGCUACCCCAGCGUCUAAUAACAGGCUCAGAAAACCGUCCUUUCGACCAUCUCUUGCACCAGGUGGAAUCACUACAAGCCAGCAGCUCUUUUCAGGAGCUUCGUCUAUUGCUCCCCCUUCUGCAUUACGAGGUGUAGGUGGUGCGCCACCCAGUGCCGCUAGUCGCGCAAGGCAGUCGAUUGUGCCUUCAAGGGGUUUAAGUGGAGUUUUCAACAAUCGAAAUACACUAGCUUCCUCGGGUCAGUUAGAUUUUACAGGUGGUGUACCUGUAAGCGGUGCCGGGGGUAGUAAUAAUGGCCCGGGUAGCGGAGCAGCCCCAGGUAGCGUAAGGAAAAGCAUGAUUCCAAGCGCCCCUCCCUCGAGUGUUCGUCGCCAACCCCCACAAUCGGCAGUCUCCCGUCAAUCAUCUUUUGGGAUCGCUGGUGGUGGGAAUUCUGCCUUCUACUCGUCUGGAGCUCCAGUUCUACCGCCCAGCUCUAGUCUUCCGCCAGCCUCUAGAGACCCGAGACCAACGCGAGACAGAGGUUACAUGGCAACAAUAUCCCAAGAGAUUUACGAAUAUCUUACACAGAAUGGUUUUGCAGUGGAAAUGAAGCAUCCUCUGACACCCAAAACACUUAAAGCACCUACUCAAAAAGACUUUGUUAUGCUUUUUCAAUGGCUCUAUCGACGUUUGGAUCCAGGAUAUAGAUUCACGAAGGCCAUUGACACGGAAGUGUACUAUUUAUUGAGAACCAUACAAUACCCAUACUUAGAAUCGAUAAACAAAUCUCAAAUUGCUGCUGUUGGUGGUCAAAAUUGGCCAACUUUUAUGGCUAUGCUCCACUGGAUGGUUCAGCUAAAUAUCACUAUGGAGAACUACGACUGGGAGACUGAGAAUGCCCAAAGUUCCGACGAGGGAGUAUUAAGUCAGAUUUUGGACCGGUAUGCUGCUAAGUCUUACCGCUCAAAGCUGGAUAAUGAGAUGGAUUUCUCUGAGUAUCGGGUGGAGGUGGAGCAGGAAAUCACACAAUUCUCUGAAUCAGUCCAGGCCAGCAUUCAGGAAGCAGAGGAGGAAAUUGAGCUGAUUCGUAAGCGAUAUCAAGAUCUGCGUAAAGAAGCUGAUAAUUUUGAAUCUUUGGAAAAAAAAGGACAAGCACUUGAGAGCGAUCUUGUCAAGUUCAAAGAUUAUAUUGAUGCUAUGGAAACACGUAAAGCUAAAUGGACUGCUAUAAUUGACAGGUUGACCCUCGAACUUGAAAAUGCAGGUAAGGAAUUGCGAGUCAUACAAGAAGAAAAAGCCUCGCUACAAGAUCAAAUCGCUGCUCAAGGUUUGACUCCCAAUGAUAUAGACCGCAUGAAUGCUGAGCGAGAGAAGCUCAUCAAAUCACUGGAACAGUUAGAAUCUAGACAAGAGGAAAUGACUAAGCAAAUGAAUGAAUCGGAACUUCUAACUCAAAAUGCUUUUGAUGAAAUGGAAACGCAGCUUCAGAAAUAUCACAAGGAUCUUUAUAAAGUAGGCAUUGAUGAUAGUGGCUUUCAGAUUCCUUCUACCUUAUUCGAUACAGCAUUUGCAGAUGAGAACCUUGGUAAGCGGGUGGACCAGGUCCUACAGGGUAUUGAUCUACGCAACUCCAUCCGGCCCAUGCUUCAACGAUAUCGCCAAGAAAUUAGCGAGCGUAUUCACCAGUCUCACGAUGAGUCCAUUAGGUUGCAAGAACAGCUCGAUCGUACGUCGGAAGGGCUCAAUGAGAAACGUGAUCAAGUAGAGACAUUGGAGGCAAAAUUAAAUGCCAAUAAUAUCACGUAUAACGAGAUAUAUGAAACGAUGAAUUCCGAAGCCACCACUUCGAAUGCAAAAAUUGAGCAAUUGGAACGAGAUAUACACAGUAUGAAGUCAGCCACUCAGCAGGAAUUAUUGCAAGUGGAGCAAAAAUGCCAUGAUAUAGCAAUUGAGCAUGACAAAGUGAAAAAUGCUGUUUUGACUUCCCGAGCAAAAAUGAACAACGAUCUUAAUCAGUUGAUCACUUAUAUUGUUUCUUUCAAACUGUAUGUACAAUCAGGACUGGAAGAUUAUGAGAGUAUGGUGACUGAGGAGUGGAAUGCGCAGAUUCAAUUGGAAAAUAAUCUUAAAAGUACUGCUCAUGGCGUUCUUUCUCCACUGGACGCUGAUAGCGCCCUUUAA